UUUCAGAGCCUUGGUGUUGAAGUCACCAAUAACAAUUAUGAGGUUGUGGAACAGAGAGAGAUUGUAGUAGUAGCUGUGAAACCCAAUGUUGUGCAAACAGUUCUCCAACAAGUUUCCCCAAUUGUCACUCCAGAAAACCUAAUUGUAUCUGUAGCUGCUGGAGUUCCACUUGGAAUAAUGGAGAAGUGUCUGCCAUGGAAAAGUCGAGUCGUUCGUGUCAUGCCAAACAUACCAACGCUGAUACGACAAGGGGCAUCAGCCUUUGCAUUGGGUAAUCAUGUGACCGAGAGAGACAGAGAUAUAGUGAAAGAAAUCAUGUCUGCGGUAGGAUAUGUAGAAGAGGUCCAAGAGAAGGACGUUGCUGCAGUAACGGGAUUAAGUGGAUCAGGACCAGCAUAUUGUUUCAUGGCAAUUGAAGCUCUUGCUGAUGGUGGGGUAAAGGCUGGACUGUCAAGACAACAGGCGUUGAAGUUAGCAGCUCAUACUGUAGAGGGAAGUGCAAGAUUGGUAUUAGAGUCUGGAAAACACCCAGGUGAACUGAAAGAUGCAGUUUGCUCUCCUCAAGGUUCUACUAUUUAUGCCGUACAUGCUCUGGAAAAGGCUGGUGUAAGAGCAACUCUCAUGGAUGCCGUAGAAUCAGCCAUUGAAAGAGCAAAACAGCUUAGUGAACAAUAGUUAGUGUGUCUUGUAAUUCCAUGGUAAUAGGACUAUUUAACAAUUAAAGAAAAGUUGUGCAAAAUACCGAUUUUAAGAACUAAAUGCAGACAAUUUGGAACUUCAUUUCCAGACAUUGUGUAGUUUUGUAAGGGAAAGUUGACAACAUUUUUAGUGCUGACAAGAUCUCUUGCCAUUAUUGUAAUUCAUUUAUUUUACAAAAGUUUGUAAAUAAUAAAAUAUCUUAGCUUAAAAAAUUUAAUUAAAAUCUUAGUUAGCCUGUUUAACAAUUCUGCAGUUGAAAAUCCUGAUUUAUGAUAAUCAAUAAAUGAAYUUAAAGCAA